GAGUGGGGCGGAUCCACGGCGUGGAUUUCAUCAGCCGGGCAGGCCACGCAUGCGCCCUGCGCCCUCCCGCACCCCUCCGCCCCCUCGAGUCCAUGCGAUCGCGCCGCGCGUUGCUGCUGCUGCUUUUGCCGGUGCUGCCGGCUGUGAAGCGACUGCAUCCACCGGCCCCGCGCCCCCUGCUCCGAGUCAUCGACCCCGCGCACGUCCGCCUGUCCACCUCCUCCGCCGCCUCCUCGCGGGCGCGGCCGUCGGGCAGCAACAUGGACGGAGCCCAGGCCCAGACCGAGGCCGCGCUCGGCCCCUUCCGCCUGGCCGUGCGGCAGCAGGGGGAUCUGGUGAGGAAGCUGAAGGAUGACAAAGCGCCCCAGGCCGACAUCGACAGAGCUGUGGCUGAGCUCAAGGCACGCAAGAGGAUCCUUGAGGCCAAGGAGUUGGCUCUGCAGCCCAAAGAUGACGUUGUUGACCGGGUCAAGAUGGAGGACACCCUGAAGCGGAGGUUCUUCUACGACCAGGCCUUUGCGAUUUACGGAGGGGUCAGCGGCCUCUACGACCUGGGGCCCGUGGGCUGCGCCCUCAAGAACAACGUCAUCCAGCUGUGGCGGCAGCACUUCAUCCAGGAGGAGCAGAUCCUCGAGAUCGACUGCACCAUGCUCACCCCGGAGCCCGUCCUCAAGACGUCCGGCCACGUGGACAAGUUCGCCGACUUCAUGGUGAAGGACGUGAAGAGCGGCGAGUGCUUCCGCGCCGACCAUCUCUUGAAAAGUCACUUGCAGAAGCUGAUGUCCGAUAAGAAGUGUUCGGCCGAGAAGAGGUCCGAGAUGGAAGGCGUCCUGAUCCAGCUGGACAACUACGGCCAGGAGGAGCUCGCCGACCUCUUCGUGAACUACAACGUGAAGUCGCCCCUGACCGGCAACGACCUGACCCCGCCGGCCUCCUUCAACUUGAUGUUCAAGACCUUCAUCGGGCCCGGAGGGAACAUGCCGGGGUACCUGCGGCCCGAGACCGCGCAGGGCAUCUUCCUCAACUUCAAGCGGCUCCUCGAGUUCAACCAGGGGAAGCUGCCUUUCGCCGCCGCCCAGAUUGGGAAUUCCUUCCGGAACGAGAUCUCCCCCCGCUCGGGGCUGAUCCGGGUCCGGGAGUUCACGAUGGCCGAGAUCGAGCACUUCGUGGACCCCAAGGAGAAGCAGCACCCCAAGUUCGACAGCGUGGCGGACCUCAGCCUCUGCCUGUACUCGGCGCGGGCCCAGCUCAGCGGCCAGUCUGCGCACAAGAUGCGCCUCGGGGACGCCGUGGAGCAGGGUGUCAUCAACAACUCCGUGCUGGGCUACUUCCUGGGCCGCAUCUACCUGUUCCUGACCAAGGCCGGCGUGUGCGCGGAGCGGCUGCGCUUCCGGCAGCACAUGGACAACGAGAUGGCGCACUACGCCUGCGACUGCUGGGACGCCGAGGCCAGGACGUCCUACGGCUGGAUCGAGAUCGUGGGCUGCGCCGACCGCUCCUGCUACGACCUCACGUGCCACUCGAGAGCCACCAAAGUCCCGCUCGUGGCGGAGAAGCUGCUCCGGGAGCCCAGGACGGUGAACGUGGUGCAGUUCGAAGCGAGCAAAGCCGCCAUCGGCCGGACCUACAAGAAGGACGCGCGGCUCGUCCUCGACUACCUGGCCGCCUGCGACGAGGCCUUCGUGUCCGCCAUGGAGGGCCUGCUGCACGAGAAGGGGAAAUUCACGAUCGAGACGGAGGGGAAGACGUUCCAGGUGACCAAGGACAUGGUCAGCGUGCAGCGCUCGCAGAAGACGCUCCACGUUGAGGAGAUCGUCCCCAACGUCAUCGAGCCCUCUUUCGGCCUGGGCAGGAUCAUGUAUACGGUGUUCGAGCACACGUUCCGCGUUCGAGAGGGAGACGAGCAGAGGACGUUCUUCAGCUUUCCGGCCAUCGUCGCUCCCUACAAGUGUUCCGUCCUCCCGCUGAGCCAGAACCAGGAGUUCGCGCCCUUCGUCAGGGAGCUCUCCGAAGCCCUGACCAGGAACGGGGUGUCCCACAAGGUGGACGACUCGUCGGGCUCCAUCGGCAAGCGCUACGCCAGGACGGACGAGAUCGGGGUUGCGUUCGGGAUCACCAUCGACUUCGACACCGUGAACAAGACUCCGCACACGGCCACCCUCCGAGACCGGGACUCGAUGCGCCAGAUCCGCGCCGAGAUCUCCGAGCUUCCCAAGGUCGUGUGCAGUCUGGCCAACGGCACCAUGACUUGGGCCGACGUGGAGGCCAGGUACCCUCUGUUCGAGGGGCAGGAGACGGGCAAGAAGGAGGCGAUCGAGGACUGAGGCCUCCGGCCGCCGCCUUCUCCCGCCCUGCCGCCCCGUCGCCGCCUAUCAUGUGACCGUCUGCCUCGGGCCGGGGUCUCCCCAUGUGCGAAUGACGAUUAAAUUAAAGGUGUGGAACAGA